AUGUUUCAAAGAUCUCCUCAAGCUCAAAGAUCCCCUCAGCCAAUUCAAGCUCACAGAGCUCAAUUUGGUCAUGUGGCCAAUUCGGUCACUGUUCCUCCUUCUGCUACCUCACCUUGGAAUAGGUUUAAAUUAUUUGAUUCCCCAUUUCCAAGAUACAGACACGCGGCUGCUUCUAUCUCCAGUGAAAAAAAUGAGAUUUUCUUAAUGGGAGGAUUGAAAGAAGGCUCAGUAUUUGGAGAUACUUGGAAAUUGGUUCCUAUGGAAAACCAUCAAGGUGAAGUGGUUAACUUUACGGCUAAGAAUCUUGAAAUUUUAAAUCAUAUAAACCCUCCAGCUAGAGUAGGUCAUUCUGCUGUAUUAUGCGGUAAUGCGUUUGUUAUUUAUGGUGGUGAUACAGUUGAUACUGAUGCUAAUGGAUUCCCAGAUAACAACUUCUAUUUGUUCAAUACAAACAAUUGUAAAUACACUAUUCCAACUCAUAUCUUGAAUAAACCAAAUGGAAGAUAUGGUCAUACUAUUGGAGUAGUUUCAUUGACCAACAGUUCUUCCAGACUUUACCUUUUUGGAGGGCAAUUGGAAAAUGAUGUUUUCAAUGAUUUGUACUACUUUGAGUUAAACUCCUUCAAAUCUCCACAAGCAAGCUGGGAAUUGGUUGAACCGGCCAAUAAUUUCAAACCACCUCCAUUAACUAACCAUUCCAUGUCGAUUUAUCAAAAUCAAAUUUAUAUUUUUGGUGGUAUUUAUAAUAAUGAAUUGGUUUCUAAUGAUUUAUGGAUUUUCAAUGUCGAACAUAACAAGUGGAGUAAAAUUGAUGCAUCAGGUUAUAUUCCCAAACCAGUUAAUGAACAUUCAAGUUGUAUUGUCAAUGAUAAACUAUACAUUUAUGGUGGUAAUGAUUUCAAGGGUAUAAUUUACAGUUCAUUGUAUGUUUUGGAUUUGAAUACGUUUGUAUGGCUGAAAUUGAUUGAUAUGGGUGAAGUUAAUGGACCAGGUCCAAGAUGUGGUCAUUCUAUGACUUUCUUGCCAAGAUAUAAUAAAAUUAUAGUCAUGGGUGGUGAUAAGAAUGAUUAUGUUGAUAAUUCUGAUAAUUUUGAAAUGUAUGAAGAAUACAGAGAAAACGUUGUUGGUACGAUGAUUUUCCAGUUAGACUUGAAUGAAAUUGAUCAUUUCUUGACCAGUGAUCCAAAUAAAGCUACUGUUGAUAAGAGAAUUGCUACUAGAAGUAUGUCUGCUUUGGAAGAAGAUUAUGAUGCUUCAUUACAAUCUCCACCAAAUAUUACUCGGGAAUCACAAGAACCACCUACUAUUAAAGAGUUGCCUGAACCAGUAAGCAAGGAAUCUCUGGUUGGAGUAAUAAAUGAACCACCAUUUGACCAUUUGAAGGACCGUGAACCAUCAUUCGUCGAUGUUCCUGCAGCUGAAGUUCAUCAUGAAUCGAUUAAAGAUGUUUCUGUCAAGAAGAUUAUUGCUGAAUUAAACUCCGAAAUUCAACAAUUGCGAAAGUCAACUAAAGAACAAAUGGAAAUUGCCACCGAGAAGAUUACUUUCCUUGAAAAUGAAAAUAAAUCAUUGAAAGAUUCUAAUCGAGAUUUUGACUAUUAUCAGAAGCAAAUUAACGACAAAGAUCAAUUGAUUGAAGAAUUAAAGGGUAAUAUUAAACCUGAAGAUGAAUCAGUGACUAAAUUCAAACUUGAUUCUUUGGAAUCUAACAAUAAAUUGAUUUAUGUAACCCAAGAAAACAAUAAAUUGAAGGAAAAACUUGAACAAUUUGAACCAUUUAUGAAUAAUCACAUUAUGGAAUUGGAUAAAUUUCAAAAGUUGAUUAAAAACCAAGAAGAUAAGAUUUCACAAUUGACAAAUCAAAUCAAACUGGAGGAAUCAUUACAUAAAGAAAUCAAUGACUGGAAAGUCAAAUUUGAUAACUUAAGCUUGGAAUUUAACAAUUACAAAUUGGCUCAUGAUGAUUCUGAAGAAGAAAUAAUGGAAAAUGGAGAUGAUGAUGUAACAACUGAAACUACAAGAUCAGUUUCUAGCAAGAAGGAUAUAUCUAAUCAGUUGGAAAAUUUAAUUCAUUUAUGGAAUGUCAAAAAGACUCCGGAACCAACACCUGAAGAAAAUCCAACAGUUGCUCAAUUACAACGUCAAGUUGAUGAAUUGUUAAGAAUUUCUAAAGAAAAUGAUCAAUCCACGGAAGUUGAAACCUUACAUAAACAAUUAGAAGAGAAGACUGCGGCACUUGAAAAGUUUGAAGAGAAUUAUAAACAAGCACUUCAAUCGGUCAAUAAUACCAGCAAAGCUCUUAAACUUAAUGAAGAAGAGUUUGAACAUCAAAAGAAAUUGUUAGAAAAAUUGACUAAAGAAAAUAAUGAAUUGAAAUUGUUUAAGAAGGCAAGUAAAAGAAUUAGCUCCAGAAGUGGUACUCCAGAUGAAUUGACCGAAGAGCUGAAUGAAGCAGAUGAUGAUGAUGAUGAAGGAAUUUCAAAUGCUCAUUUGAACAUAAAGAUUAAAGACCUUGAAGCAGAUUUAUAUAUCAUUAGGCAAGAACGUGAUCAAUUGAAGGAUCAUGUUAUAUCAUUACAAAAGGAAUUAUAUUUGGUUAAGAAUGAACAUCAUUGA